GGUCUUGAAUUAACAUACGUCAUCUACACGCGCCAUAUUUUUGUUGUUUGCCAAGCUUUCAGAAAUUUUGUUUUGGAACGCAAAUAAAUAAUGCCUCCAAAGAAUAAGCAGAAGAAAGUGAUUCAUCAAGAUGAACUGCGUCGGUUGAUGAGAGAGAAACAAAAGCAAACGAUAGAUAAGAAGCGUGUCGAAUCCCCUUAUGCCAAGUACAACAGUCUCGAUCAUCUUAGCUGCGUACUCUGCAACGAGCGGGUAAAGAAUGAAAUAUUGUGGCAGACUCACGUUCUUGGAAAACAGCAUAAGGAGAAGGUUGCCGAGCUCAAGGGGUCUAAACAAAGUUCAACAGGUCACGGACCCCAGCCCCCGCUGAAAAGGAAAGCAUUGGAUUCUGAAGACACGAAUGGGAAAAAGUCUAAACCUGUGGCAGGUAACGAGCAGGCAUCUACGUCGUCAGGGUUGCCUGAUGUUUUCUUUGCGAAACCUGCUCCGCCUGGGCCGAAGAAACUAACUGGAAUUUUGAAAAAAACAUCUACUGGACUGAGUCUUCUGGCCGGAGUCUAUAAUGAAGACGAAGAGGAGGCUGGUGACUCUUCUGACCUAGGGGCAGCCUCCAGCUCGGGUGUGCAGAAGGGGACACCUGCCCCAGGACUCCCAGCUGAUUUCUUUGACAACGGCACCAUUCCAGCUGUCCCAGCUGCCUCUCAUUCCGGGUCUAUCCUCAAACCAGAUGAAACUGAGAAGAGUGUGGAGAAGAAGGAAAAUACACCUGAAGCACUACCAGAAGGCUUCUUUGACGACCCAGUGAGAGAUGCCAAAGUCCGCAAUGUUGACGCUCCAAAAGAUCAAAUGGAUAAGGAGUGGGAAGAGUUCCAAAAGGAAAUGCGGCAGGUGAACACUAAAUCAGAGGCCAUUGUAGCCGAGGAUGACGAGGAGGGACGUUUUGAGCGUCAGAUUGAUGAAAUCGAUGAGCAAAUCGAAUGUUACCGGAGGGUUGAGGUAUUGAGAGAUAAGCAAGAUGUGGUGAAGAAGGUUGUGAAGGAGAAGACCGAAGACCAGGAAGACUCCCGGGGAAGCGAUGAGGAGGAUGAAGAAGAGCUGCUCCACUUGCUGUCAAGAGACUGGAGGGCUAAAGGGGCCCUUGCUUAAAAUUGCUGGGUCCUUUUGAACCGAAUAGGGUCAAUGUUUCUCCAGAUUGUAAAUAAAAUUGCAAAGUUGCAAAGGA